AUGGCAGAAAGCUUUAAGCAUAUACUCUCUACGCGUAAUUUUGUUGCUCAUUGCUACACCCUUUUUGGUGUUACGGAAGAUGCUACAGACGGAAUACAGGUGAAAAAGGAUGUGUCCUCUGUUUUUCAGUUUCGAAAGGAAAUGUGGCCAGUUUAUACCGGAAGGAAAGACGGAAAGGUGUCAUUGGCAUCAGAAGUAGGUGCAAAUUUACCAUCUGCAAAUGCCAAUUUCACAACUCUUCUAACUCAAUUUAGAGUCAAAGGCCUUGACCUUAACGAUCUUGUCACUCUUUCAGGGGCACAUACGAUCGGGAACUCGCGUUGCGUCCUUGUUGCAAGAAGGCUUUACAACUUUACAGGUGUAGGAGAUGCCGAUCCUUCUCUCGACGCUGCAUACGCACAACAAUUGAGAAAAAUCUGUCCAAACCCUCAAAAUCCGGCUACUAUUCUCGAAAUGGACCCUAAGAGCUCGCUCUCCUUCGACUCCAAUUACUAUCGAAGUGUAAACCAGCAUAAAGGUUUAUUUGUAUCAGAUGCAACAUUACUCACAAACCAACGAUCGGUUUUACUAUCAAAGGUUAUGGAAAAGCCUGAGGUUUUCUUUGCUCAAUUUGCUGAAUCCAUGGUUCGAAUGGGCGCUAUUGAACUACUUACAGGCAGACAAGGAGAAGUUAGAAAAAACUGUCGAGUUGUUAAUAGUAAUUAA